AUGACCAACCUCACAGUUAUUCUUGUUAUCUACGUCAUCACCUUCCUGCUUGGCUUCCCUUCCAACCUCCUGUCCUUCUACACAUUCUUAAUGAAAGUCCGCAAGAAGCCAGCCCCCAUAGACAUCCUCUUGCUCAACUUGACUUUGGCAGACAUCAUCCUCCUGGUUUUCCUUCCCCUCAAAAUGGUGGAGGCUGCCCAAAACAACAUGUGGCCUUUCCACAGGGCCCUCUGCACUAUCACUAGCUGCACCUUCCACAGCAGCCAAUCCAUCAGCACCCUUUUCCUCACGGCCAUCAGUGUGGACCGCUACCUGGGGGUGUCGUUUCCCAUCCAGUACAGGCUGAAACGCAAGGCAGCCUACGCGGUGAUGGCCAGCAUCUUCAUCUGGAUAUUUGUCGCCUCCCACUGUGGCACUGUCUUCAUCGUGAGGUCCCUCCGCAAUGAUUCAAUCCCGUCUUCCCAGCGCCCUUCCAACCACGUGGUGUGCUUCAGGGCAUUCAACGAGCAGCAGAAGAGGAUCAUCUACCCCUUCCGGCUCGAAAUCUGCAUUGUCCUCUUCUGCAUCCCUUUCGCCAUCACCUUCUUCUGUUACGUCAACGUGAUCCGCAUCCUGGCCUCCCUGCCUAAUGUCAAGGCCCGCAAGAAACAAAGGGCCAUGGGCUUGGCUCUGUUCACUUUGCUCAAUUACGCUCUUUGCUUUGGCCCCUUUAACAUCUCCCACAUCUUUGGAGUGAUCUAUUACGAAGACCCUAGCUGGAGAGAAUAUGCCUUUGCCCUCACCUCCUUCAACACCUGCUUGGAUCCUUUCAUCUUCUUCUUCUCGUCCAACGCCAUCCGACAGAACGUCAGUGUUUGCUGGGCUGGCCUGUACCGCCGAGUCCGGCCAGUUUUAUCAUGCUGCUCUUUGCCUUGCUGCAAGGAGCCCAGAGACAAUGAUGAAGGAGCAGGAGCUGUCGGAUUAUCUACUUCAAGUGGACCGGGAGGGACUGGCGCACCCACUGAAUCCUCCUCCUCCUGUGGCCACGCUGCAAAGAUCUGGGAAGUCAGCACACUGAACACUGAGAGAGAAGCAUACUGCACCAAGUUCCAAGGACAUAUGGAGGACUAG